AAUUAAACCCGGUGUUACCGCCGCUGCUAUUACACACACAGACACACACACACACACACAAGGACCAGGUGGUACUUCCGGAUCCUCCUCUCCAGCCCACGCCGUGCGCAGACGUGGUGAGCAAAGCCGAUUGAGUAAAAGGGCAAAGUCAGCAGUUUUUUUUUUGGGGGGUGUGUGUGUGUCUGUGUGUGUGGGAUCAGAGUCGACAGCUCGGACUUGGGGAGAAGAGGACGUGCUAUUUUUUUUUAUUUUAUUAAUAAGGAGCUGAGGGGGUGGAGGAGGGGGGACGGACGAGCGAUCGACGCAGAAGUCGAGAAGGUGAAGAUACUUUCGCUCUUGAAAAGAAACAUGAAAUCCUUACGCGAUCGCUUCGAUAGGUUUCUGAGCGAGAAGAACGUCCUGACCGACUUCCUGGGCAAAAUCGAGAAGAGGACCGGGAUUCGGAAGUCCCAACUCGUUACAGGUUCAUUGUCGUUGCUUGGCUUAUAUCUUGUAUUUGGAUAUGGAGCAUCUUUACUUUGUAAUUUAAUUGGCUUUGUAUACCCAGCCUACCUAUCAAUCAAAGCUAUUGAAAGCCCAGACAAAGAGGACGAUACCAAGUGGCUGACAUACUGGGUGGUGUAUGGAAUAUUCAGUUUAGCUGAAUUUUUCUCAGACAUCUUCCUCUACUGGUUCCCUUUCUAUUAUGCAGGAAAGUGCCUCUUCCUUCUCUGGUGCAUGGCGCCAGUUGCAUGGAAUGGUUCUCAGACAAUUUACCAACGUGUUGUUCGGCCCCUGUUCCUCAGACAUCACACCAAGGUGGAUUGUGUGGUUAAUGACCUCAGUGGAAAAGCUCUGGAUGUAGCAGAAGAUGUGACUAGAGAAGUACUGAAUCAAGCUCUACAAAAGUCUAAUUGAGGACUUCAGAGGAUCAUCUGUGAUAUCGCGUCGGCCCCUCCCUUCUCAGGCAUUAAAUGAUGUGUAGUAGAAUCAUCAACCCUCUGAACUGCUGAGAAGCAUUUCUUUAACAGUGUUGGGAUUGACUUUAUAUCUCCCAUAUAAAUCUGCCACAUGUAGCACCUCCAGAGACUUAAAUCAUGUGGAAUCUAAAAUAAGUAUAUUUAGAUUAUAAUUGAGUCUAAAUUAUUUAGAUGAUAAAUGAUUUGCUGGUCUGAGCUUGAACUUUUUUAAUGCCCAGAUAAGUGUAAUUACAAUCAGUUUCAUAAUCUGAAGUUUACUGUAGGCUUGUUGUACCAGCUGAUAGUUAUGGGAAUAUAUUUUAAUUGACUAGAAAUGGAUCCGAGUCCAACUAUUUCCCCUCUUUGCUCUCCACACCACUUUAAUCUCCUCAUUCCAUUCUUGGAUCUCAUUAAAGAUCACCUGGCACUGUUCAAAAUAAAUUCUCAGCAUCUUAGACAACAACCAUCAGAUUUUAAAAAAAAUCCUCACCCAGUUGUGAGUGCAAAUUAAUUGAUUGCUGCAUUCGCAAUCCUGGCAAUUCAGACUCUUAAAACUUGCUUUUUUGAAGGAAUGGUAAAACAGGAGGUGAAUUAGUUUGGUGUCUGGAACAAGAAAAAUCAGUUCCAUUUAAUUCACAUUUCUAGUGCCUGUAGCUACAGUAUAUUGGCAAAAUAUUCUUGAUGUAUAAAAUCUUUGAAUGAAUUAGAGUUGCAUUAAAUAUGUAUAUUGGAGUUAGAUAUCAAGACUGACUUAGUCUUUUCAAGUCUGCUUUUGAGUUUGAAAUCUGGUUAGAGGUGCUGUUACAUAGUGAUGCAGUUCAGAGGAACCUGUCUGGUUCGGCAAAUAUAAUGUCAUCAACACAAGUUGGUGAAUUGUGAUGCAAAUGUUUAUAGAUUCUUAAUUUUAAAAUUGUAGUGUAUGAAAUUAGAAAAUUUGUAACCUUUUGUAAUUUACAAAUGUACGGGGAUUUUCAGAAAUUUCAGAUCUACUUUGGUUAUCAAAUUCUAAACUGAAUAAUCAAUCUGAUACAUUGGCUCACUGGUCUAAUUAGCCAAACAGCUAGUUGGUGCAAGACAGUUUUUUUUGACUUGAUGACAUUCUCCACAAAAUCAGAAUGGAGGCUUGUGAUGACUUUGGUCCCCUGGUGCAACUUACUACUGUCUUCUGUUGCUUCCCAUUACCAACUCUGAAUUACUUUUUGUCCCCUCAAUAUCCUUAUUGUGGAUCUCAUUCUGAAUGCUUUUUGUAUUUUAUUUUGCACAAAUAAUUUUCACCUACCUUAUUACAACAAUAAUUUAACUAAUUAUAUUCCAAUUAUACACUGUUUAAAUUGGGUAUCCUAUUCCAGUUGGGCUGACUCUUUUAGAAAGGACAGCAGAGGAGAGAGUAUUCUAUAUUGUGUUUUGGGGAUAAAAUGUUGAACAACAAAGACAUCAAUGACUGACAACGUGGCCAGAUUGUGAUGUGAUAGCUUACUCUGUAAUUUAUUUUGACUUGGGAUUGCAUCGCAUUAAAGGUCUGAGUUUUUCUAAUGUGCAUCUAAGAAAAUUUGAUGUGAAGUAAAUCCUUGUAGAUUAAAUGAUUUUCCUCAAUAAAAAUACUAAACCUU